UAUAUUACAGAAACAGUUUGUUGGCUUCAAUAGCAGCAAAAAACUUAGAUUUGCUUGAAUCAAUGAAAAAUGUAACGUUGAAAGAUGCUGUUACCCUUUUAUCUGUCGCGUGGGAUCGGGUCAGCACAGAAACUCUUGCCAAUUGUUGGAAAAAYAUUUUAARWUUAAWGGGAAACGAGGAGGACCCUGAAUAUAACAUUCCAUUAAGUAUCCUGAAAGACAAAUGGAGUGCAGAAAUAAACUCUUUAAUGCGAAUGUCAGUUGAUCUCCUUCAGGACUUGAGUCCUCAGGUUGGGUUUACAUUGCCAAUGAUUCGAGAGUGGAACGAUGACCCUUGUGUUGAUGAUACCACCGAAAUCUAUGAAAUUGAAGAAAGUGACGAUGAUGAUUGUAUUGCCGAAGACCCCAUAAAGAAAAUUGCCGCAAAUGAGGCAGUUGAAAUCUUUAACAAGGCAUUGCAAUGGGCUGGAGAUGCAAUGGUUGAUCAAAGCGACAUGCGUGUACUUAGACGCUUAAGGGAGAAAGCAGUAUUUCAGCUAUUAGAAAGGAAAAAGCAGCAGAAAGAGAUAACGGAUUUUUUUAAUGAAUAA